GCUACUUCUUUUUUCUUCGAAAGCUCCAUACUCCCGCUAUGCAACGGCGCGUAGUUGAAGAUGAGAUACUUAACUUUUCAAGCAGCUGACUAUCUGUGUAUUCAGUAUCCUCAAUAGUUGUUGUCGGUGCUCGUGCUCACCUUCGAAGCUUCGGGAUCGAGUACUCGCCGACACCGUCGAACCCACCCUGAUCAACUUCGUCGUAGGUGACGAGCCGGGCCCGCUCACUCCCUACAUCUAUCGUGAACGUCUUUCGAGACUUCUCCCUCUCCCUCUGGCGCCUCUUCUGGCGGUAAUGGGAAUAGAAUUGGAUGCGGAACGGGCGUGUGGAGGUACACAUAGGUAGGUGCUUAUGAUGCUGGUGACAAUUUUGCGGACGUGAGUGAGGAUUCUCGAAGAACGACAACCGCGCAUCACAAAUUUGAGCAUUACUCGAGAAUUAUUACCUUGUUCUUGAAUGUCCACUAGAACGUGAGUGUAUCAGAGUAUAGGAAGCUGAGGUUGCAGGCGAUGGGAUGUGCGGGGUUGACUGCGAUUGCCGUGGAACGAUGAGUGUUCAGGCAGGAUAUCCAAGGCUUCCUGGAGCGGUUAAUCCGAUUACAACACAAGUCGAAUUCGGCGAGGCCACGCUGCCGCACUACACCAUCCCGACCUGGCAAAGUUAUGGCGCUAGAUUACGAGCCUUACCUACCAGCUGUUAUUGCCCAGCUGUUGAAGGCUGCGAGUGUGAAGGCGGAUAUUUCGGGCUGCUGUUCUUCUACGUUAUUCCUUUUUCCGACUUGCUCAUCACUAACUUACGCUUAUUGGUCUACAUAGGAGAGGAAACCGUCCUGGAAUAAAAAGAAGGCUGGUGUACUAUCACCAUGGACGGUAAACAGGCCGUCGACCGGACCCCGGCGAUGGACGAACGCUGCCAGGUAUUCGAGAUACUGGUGAUUCAUGUGCCGAGCUCGAGCUUUCAUCAGCACCGUGGGGUCAAGCAUGCAUGUUCUAUGAUCAUACGUAUCCACAUUUCAUCCGACAAAAAUUCCAACACGCCAACCAAUCGAGAGUUCUCCGCAACCCAGUCCCAGCUCCAACUGAUAACUUCCAUCUCCAUUGAAGCCACCGCUUCCUUCCUCUCCUCGCCUCGUCCUACAAGUCACUCGCGGACACGCCUGCGUCCUCGGCGACCCGUCCUCGCUCCUUCCGCCCACAUCAAUCUCUUCGAUGCUGCACAACGUGCACGGGCCAACAUGCAAGAGCUCAGGAAACGAUGGUCAGAGAAACUUGCUGCGUAUAUGAAUGGAGGAAGUGGCGAUGAAGGGGAUCUGGAUGGAGGAGACAGGAGGAGUGGGUGGUGA